AUGGGCCAUUGGGGAAACGGUAGUCUUCUACUAGAGGGAAAGUAUAUGCACAUUAGGUGUUGUGCUCAUAUUGUGAAUUUAAUAGUUCGUGAUGGGUUGAAGAAGUUGGAAAAAAGCAUAUUGUGUAUAAGAAAUGCGGUGAAGUAUGUAAGAUCUUCUCCCAAAAGGUUAGAAGACUUUAAGAGUUGCGUUAAGAAAGAGCAAAUUGAAUGCAAAGGGCUUGUGGUGUUGGAUGUGCCAACAAGGUGGAAUUCCACAUAUAUGAUGUUGGAAGCCUCCUUAAAGUUUGAAAAGGCCUUUUGGAGAAUGGGAGAAGAUGAUGAAGGUCCAUAUAUUUCUUGGUUUGGUGAAGAUGAACCGGAUGUCGAAGAUGGGGGGGUUAUGUCUCAUUACCCUAGAAAGAGGGAAGGGCCACCAACUAAUGAGGAUUGGAACAAUGCUUGUACCUUUGUGAAUUUUUUAAAGGUAUUUUAUGAUGCUACAUUGAAGAUGAGUGUCACUUUGCAUCCCGCUUCCCACACCACAUUUCAUGACUUGAUUGCAAUGGAAGAAGAAAUUGAGGAUUUGUUGAUGGAAGAGGAGGAAAUAUUAAGUGAAACCCAAACCUCCAAGGUUUUGAAGGACAUGGCACUUAACAUGAAGAUGAAGUUUAAAAAGUAUUGGGGUGACCUUGAUAAAUUGAACCAAAUUUUGAUGGUUGCUCUUGUUCUUGACCCUCGAUACAAAUUGGGGAACUUAGAGUUUAUCUUGAAAAGUCGGUUUGAGAAUGCGGAAGAUGCGGUUAAGAAGAAGAAUGAGAUCAAAGAGAUUUUAAAGAAGCUUUAUGAAGAGUACGUCAUGCCACCACCACCACCACCACCACCACCAUCUACUCAAAGUAGUAGUUAUUCUAGUGAUACUACUACAAUGAAUACAAGUAGUAGCCUAAACUGA